GAUACCCGGUAUAUAUAACGCUAUUGAAUGCUUAUAUACUAAGCAAUAAAACCUAGACAGCCACAAGCCACAAGCUACACAUUAUUUGCAAAACAGAGAAUGAAUGCUGUGUGAAUGAGCAACAAUGUAGCAGUGUUUGAAAGGCUUAUUCAUAUUUUAUGUAAUUGAAUUGGAUGAAUCAGUUUUAAUUUGGUUGCGCUAGCGUGAAUACGUUCUGAAUUUCAGUCGAAAAUGUUUGGUGUAUUAUUGUUGACCUUCGGCUUCAUAUUAAUUACGUACGCUUUUCAUAAACUGACUGCGAACAAUGCUCGAUAUUUCGAAGAGCGAAAUCUCAAAUACCGAGGUGCCCUAGACUCAUUACGUAUUAUGUUGUCAGUGUUUCUCGGCAAAAUCGGCCUUAUUGAGAUGACACAAAAAAGUUAUGAUUUUUUCCGCAAUGAACCAAUUUUUGGCUUAUUCGAUUUUUCCAUCCGUCAAUACUUUAUUCGUGAUCCCGAUGCUUACAGGCGUAUAGCGAUUAAAGAUUUCGACCACUUUGAGGAUCAUCGUGUAUUCGUAGAUGAGAAAAUGGAUGAUUUAUUCGGCAACAGUUUGAUUUCGAUGCACGGUGAAAAAUGGCGACAAAUGCGAGCGACAUUGAGUCCAGCAUUUACCGGCAGUAAAAUGCGACAAAUGUUUGAGCUCGUAUCGGAGUGUGCUGACGAAAUAGUGAAACACUUUACAAAGCAGGCUGCGAAAGGAGAGGAAAUCAACAUUGAAAUGAAGGAUUUCUUUUCACGCUACACGAACGAUGUCAUCGCUACAUGUGCUUUUGGUAUUAAAGUUAACUCGUUUGAUAAUCCAGACAACGAAUUUUUCCAAACAGCCAAGAAACUGUUAAAUUUUGGUGGAAUUUGGCGAACAUUUAAACUAUUCAUAAUAUUCAUUAUGCCAAAAGUGGCGAGUAAAUUUAAUUUCAAAUUCUUCGAUGAUUCCAUCACGGGAUUGUUUAAAAGUAUAAUUUUCGAUACGAUGGCAAUGCGACAGAAUAACAACAUUUAUCGACCCGACCUGAUAAACAUGCUGAUGCGAGUUCGUGAAGGAAAACAGUUGGACCAACAAACAGAAGAGAAAUUAAAAGACAAUGUCGAAGGGUUCGCAACCGUUGAAGAGUCAGAUGUUGGAAAAGCCAAUGUAACUCAAAAAUGGAAAGAUAAUGAGUUGAUUGCACAGUGUUUCCUGUUUUUCAUUGCUGGAUUUGAUACGUCUUCUUCAGCUCUAACUUUUUGCGCUUAUGAAUUGGUGGCAAAUCCAGAUAUUCAACAAAAAUUAUACGAAGAAAUUGAUGAAGUUAACGAGCAAUUGGAAGGAAGGAGAGUUACAUAUGAUGUACUUCAAAAAAUGAUCUACAUGGAUCAAGUGGUGUCAGAAACGUUGAGAAAAUGGCCCAUUGCCGUUCAAACUGAUAGACUUUGUGUUCGUGACUACGUUUACGAUGAUGGCGAGAGGAAAUUCACGAUCGAAAAAGGAUCAAACAUUCUUUUUUCAAUCUAUGCUGUACAUCACGACCCGAAAUAUUAUAAGCAACCCGAAAAAUUUGACCCAGCACGUUUCAGUGAUGAAAACAAACAUAAUAUUGUACCGGGCACGUAUACUCCAUUCGGAAUCGGGCCUCGCAACUGUAUAGGUUCUCGCUUCGCUCUGAUGGAACUGAAAGCAAUUUUGUAUUAUUUGCUGCUGAAUUUCACAUUUGAACCAAACAAAGACACUCAGAUCCCGUUAAAAAUGAGCAAAGUACCAUUCAUCAAGACCGAGAAAGGUGUUCAUUUGCAGUUGAAGCCACGUGCAAAUAAAUUGCUGUAUAAUGAGUAUUGUUUACUUCACGCGAGAGUAGAUGUUCUUGCGAAUGUGGUCAGCGCGUCAGUCUCAAUUUGUUCGUUUAAUUUAGCGCAAUCACUUUGUAGAAUGCUGGGCGAAUUGUUACUGUCAGUGGGCAUUGCAUUAAUUGCAUAUGCCAUUUAUAAGUUUGUCACGAAUAGUGCACGGUAUUUUGAGGAAAGAAAUGUGAAAUACAAAGGCAUAUCAUUCGCAUUGCAUAAUUUAUAUUCAAUGUUUACUGGGCAAUUCGAUGCGUUCGGACAAAUUCAAACACUUUACAAUGCGUAUCCCGAUGAACCAGUUUACGGUGUGUUCGAUUUUUCUUCUCGCCAGUACAUUUUUCGCGAUCCCGAAGCAUACAAACGUAUUGCAAUAAAAGACUUUGCCAAUUUCGAGGAUCAUCGCGUUUUUAUCGAUGAAAAAAUGGAUAGUUUGCUGGGCAACAGUUUAUUUGCAUUGCAUGGUGAAAAAUGGCGUCAAAUGAGAGCUACAUUGAGUCCAGCGUUCACCGGAAGCAAAAUGCGACUGAUGUUUGAGCUCGUAUCUGAGUGUGCCGAUGAAAUCAUGAAGCAUUUCUUGAAACAGGCCAAGAGUGGUGAGAAAAUCAACAUUGAAAUGAAGGAUUUCUUUUCACGCUACACAAACGAUGUCAUUGCUACAUGUGCAUUCGGGAUCAAAGUAAAUUCCAUCGCGGAACCAAACAACGAUUUUUUUCUGAACUCAAAGAAAAUGAUGAAUUUCACAAGUUUCUGGAAUUCUAUCAAAUUUGUUAUAUUCCUGUCAAUGCCGCAACUCGCCAAAAUCUUCAAAUUGAGACUUAUUAAUGGGACUGUAACGGACGAAUUCAAAAGUAUGAUUCUCGAUACAAUGGCAAUGCGACAAAAUAACAAUAUUUAUCGACCCGACAUGAUAAAUAUGCUGAUGCAAGCUCGUGAGGGAAGCUUACAACAUCAAGCGGAAGAAAAGUCAAAAGAGACUGAUGAAGGUUUUGCAACCGUUGAAGAGUCAGAAGUGGGAAAAGCCAGUGUAACUCGCAAAUGGAACGAUGAUGAGCUCGUUGCCCAAUGUUUCCUGUUCUUCUUAGCAGGUUUUGAAUCGGCAGCCACCGUUCUUAUGUUUGCUGCAUAUGAACUGCUAACAAAUCCGGAUGUUCAACAAAAGCUCUAUGAAGAAAUAGCCGAACUAAACGAACGGUUGGGUGGAAAACGAAUUAGCUACGAUGCAAUACAGAAAAUGAAAUAUUUAGAUCAAGUUGUUUCGGAAACAUUAAGAAAAUGGCCCAUUUCUGUUCAAACGGACAGAGUUUGUGGUAAACCAUAUGUUUAUGACGAUGGCCAGUUGAAGUUUGAAAUCGAGAAAGGAUCGAACAUUUUAUUCCCUAUCUACGGUAUUCAUCAUGACCCAAAAUACUUUCCCAAUCCAAGCAAGUUUGACCCCGAGAGAUUUUCUGAUGAAAAAAAACACAACAUUCUACCGGGAACUUAUGUACCAUUCGGACUUGGACCACGGAAUUGCAUUGGCUCUCGUUUUGCUCUGAUGGAGCUUAAGGCAAUUCUUUACUAUUUGCUGCUAAAAUUCUCAUUCGAAGCGAAUGAAAAAACACAAAUUCCAUUGAAAAUGAAGAAGGGAUUAUUUGUACUACCCGAAAAGGGUGUACAUUUGGAGUUGAAACCAAGAAGCGAAAACUGAACAUAACGAAUUUCAUCAUCGAUUGCAAUACGAUAAAUCACAUUGAAGAAGUCAUAGAAACAAACAAUGCUAGAAAACUGACUCAUCAAAAUCAUCAUAUCGAUUGCAAUCUUAUCUUUUUGUUGUUUAGUAUUUGAUAAUAAAUGAAUGAAAUAAAAAAAAAAA